AUGUUGCCCCGAUGGAACGUCGUCCUAUCGCUCGUUACGAUUGGCCUCCUUCUCGAGCCAUGUCACUGCAACUUGCCGCCGAUUUUCACUCAGGACAUGAACAACCUGGCGCUGUCGGAGCAAACGCCGGUCGGAUCGAUCGUGUACAAGCUGGAAGGCUACGACCCGGAAGGCGGUAACGUUUCGUUCGGUUUGAUCGGCUCGGAUAAUUUCAUCGUUGAUCCCAUUUCCGGCGACGUCCAGGUGGUCAAGGAGCUCGAUCGAGAGACCCAGGACACGCUAUCGUUUUCCGUGUCCAUCCGCGACCGCGUCAGCCCAUCGGGCAUUGAGACGGAAAAUGACAACAUUGUCAACGUGCCGAUCACCAUCAUCGUGCUCGAUGAGAACGAUAAUCCGCCGGAAUUCCAGAACGUGCCGUACGAAACGGAAGUACUGGAGAACGCCUCUCCAGGAACCACCAUUUUCGAUGGCAUUCUGGUGACGGACCGGGACACGGUCGGAGAGAACCUGGACGUGUCGUGCAUCCCGCAGCGUCAGAAUCCGGACGCUUGCGAGAAGUUCUCGGUGGAGGUGACGGAAAGCCAGCAGGACCGGCUGACGGCCGCCGUUGUGCUGAAAGAGAAGCUUGACUACAACGACCGCAUGAUCUAUCAGAUUCUGCUCGAUGCCAGCGACGGGCUGUAUAACGCUUCGGCCGGGCUGGAGAUCCACGUGCGUGACGUGCAGAACUCACCACCAGUGUUCCAGGGAUCGCUCGCUGCCGUUAUUAACGAGGACAGUCCAAUCGGCACGCUCGUGAUGGUUAUCCAGGCAAGGGACGGCGAUCGGGGACAGCCGCGUAAGAUCGUGUACGAGCUUGUGACGAAUCCGAUGGACUACUUCUUGCUGGAUAAACACACCGGCGAGCUGCGGACGGCGAAACCACUCGACAAGGAAGCCCUACCGGAUGACACCGGCCUGAUCAUACUGACCGUGAAGGCACGCGAGGUCGUCGACGGUGUGCCGGGCAAUGACAAUCUUACCGUGGCGACGACGCAAGCCUCGAUAACGAUCCGCGACGUAAACGACUCACCACCAAUGUUCAACAAGACCGAGUAUUUUGUGUCGCUGUCCGAAAACACGGCACCUGGAACGCCACUGCCGCUGGAGAUCAGCGUCCGCGAUCCGGAUGUGGGCGAGAAUGCGGAGUUUUCGUUGCGACUGAACGACGUCUCGAACGUGUUUGAUGUGGAGCCGAAGCUGGUGACGGGUUCGUCACAGAUUAGCAUACGCGUGGCCAACGGAACACUCGACUACGAGAACCCCAAUCAGCGCAAGUUCAUCGUGCUGCUGGUCGCGGAGGAAACAAAAACCAAUCCCCGGCUGUCGUCGACCGCCACGCUGACGGUGUCGAUCACGGACGCGAACGACAAUCGGCCCGUGUUCGAGCAGGACUCCUACUCCACCGCCGUAUCGGAGACCGCACACGCCGGGCAGCUGAUAACGACGAUCACGGCGAAGGAUCUCGAUUCGGGCCCGUUCGGCGAUCAAGGCAUUCGGUACUCACUGUCCGGUACCGGGUCGGAACUGUUCCAGGUGGACGCGAUAACGGGUGCCAUUUCCGUUGCCGACUGUCCUGCGAUGACCGGCGGUCAGCAUCAUCCAGUCGGGACGGUCCGGAGACGACGCCAAAUACCGACGCUUUCCGAGCUGCAGCACGAGUAUGGGGCCGACCGGAACCACCUGAACGCGUCGGCCCGGGGCGGCGUCGAGUAUAUGACGUACCGGAUUGUCAACAGUGGUGAAUCAAACGAGUACCACGACGUAAACGUGAUAGCGCCACCGACAAUUUCGAGUCUGUUCGAUGGGCCCGAAACGACCGCACCACCCGAGCCGGAAGAGUAUAGCAUACCGACGACGGCGCGCAUCGAACCGCCACUGCAGACGAACGACAUCCACUACCCGCAGCCACUGGCUGGCCCGGGGAGGGCACCCUGUCUCGACUACGAAACGCAAUCGGUGUACUACCUUUCGUACCGGGCGACCGAUGACGACGGUCGGGGCCAAACGUCGGUCGUGUCGGUGCGGAUCAGUUUGCUCGAUGCCAACGAUUCGCCGCCGGUCUGCGAAAGUCCACUCUACCGCGCCUCGGUGGACGAGGGGGCCACCGUGUUCGAGCCUCCGCUCAUCAUUAAGGCCCGGGAUCCGGAUGUCGUUUCCGAAAUCAACUACCGCAUCAUCGGUAACGAGGCCGUCACCCGGCAUUUCGAAAUCGAUAGACGCACCGGUCAACUGACAAUAUCGAAAUCGGUCGCCCUCGAUGUCAACCAUCUGAAGUCGGAAAAUGUGUUCUUCGGCGUCGAGGCUACCGAUGGGCUCUACACGACGUUGUGCAACGUGAACAUCACCAUCCGGGACGUUAAUAACCAUGCACCGCAGUUUGCCCGGGAAAACUAUCUCACCUCGAUCGAAGAGAACUUUCCGAUUGGUACAAACGUGGAACGCUUACAAGCUAUCGAUUUGGACACCGGAAUCAAUGCGGAGAUCAGAUAUCGCAUCCAGCAGGGCAGCUUCGAUGACUUUAGCAUCGACAAUAGAACGGGCAUUGUGCUGAUCGCGCGUAAGCUGGACUACGAUCGGCGCAAUACGUACCAGAUGGAGAUUGUUGCCGCGGAUCUGGGAACACCGAGUCUCUCCGGGACGACCAUGUUGACGGUCAGCAUCAUCAACAGCAACGACAAGGCACCGUACUUCACGCCGACAACGCAGCGGGCCGAAGUAAGCGAAGACGCAACGAUCGGAACCCUCGUCCAUACGCUGGUGGCCGUCGAUCCGGACGUGGCGUCAAGCGAAUCUCUGGACUAUGCUGCGACCGAACCGAUCACGGCGGUCGACAAGAACGGCAAGGAGGUGGGCGAAAUGGAGGACUUCAAGGACAUGUUCAUGAUCGACCGGUCCGGGAAGGUUUUCGUUAAUCGACGACUGCAACGUGACCGUUUCGCGGUUAUACGCGUAACCGUGCUCGUUACCGACACUACUGCGCCAUCGAUCCAGCAAGGCGCGGGGCUGCUGAUUAUUACGAUUACUGACGUUAAUGAAGAGCCGCCGCUGUUUUCGCCACCGUGGACCCCGGAAAGGCCCUAUUAUCACUUCCAGGUGGUGGAGGAGCAACCGAUCGGAACCAUCCUGACGACGAUGCAAGCAACAGAUGCCGACUCGACGAUUGCCGAAUACCGGAUGACGGAUAACGGCUUUUUCGAGAUCAACAACACGACAGGGUUGGUGCAAACAAAGUCCCGGAUCGACUACGAAACGGUGGCGGUUAUCCGGUUCAACGUGACCGUGGUGGACACUGGCAUCCCGCAGCGUACGUCGACCGCCCAGCUGACGGUGGACGUCAUCAACACCAACGACAACGAUCCGGAGUUCGAGGAGCCGGAGUACACGAUGCAGGUCCGGGAGAACAGCCCCGUCGGGACGCUGGUCGGUAUGGUGCGGGCCCGCGAUGCCGAUGCGGGCCUUUACGGCCAACUGACGUACACGAUUGUUGGCGAUCACAGUGGCAACUUUGCGAUCGACCCGGACACGGGCGCCAUCACGGUACACAAUGCGUCGGCACUGGACCGAGAGGCGGAACAGGAGGUGAGCCUGACGGCCAUCGCCACCGAUCGAGCACCGGACGCAGCGCGGCGAUCAACGACCGUGCCGGUGCAGAUCACGAUCCUGGACGAGAACGACAACGAGCCCCACUUUUCGCAGCAAAUCUACAUUGCGUCGGUCGCGGAAAAUGCCGCUCUGCAUCCACCGGCCGCCAUCUUGCAGGUCAGCGCUUCCGAUCCGGAUGAGGGGGCCGCGGGUGACGUGAAGUACGCGAUACUGUCGGAUAAUGUUGGCGGUAUCUUCCGGCUCGACGCCAACUCGGGCAUCCUGUAUCCUGGCGCCAGUUUAAUUGGGAAAAGCGGACAAUAUCGGAUCGAAAUUGAGGCGCGCGACGGUCUGGGCGCUGGACCGCACAGCGACACGGCCACAAUAAUGAUCGACAUCCAGAGUAUCAAUCAGCAUCGUCCCGUGUUCAUCAUGCCCGCCCUCUACAACGCUACGGUCGAGCUGCCGGAGAACCUGGCCACGGCAGACUAUUUGGUAAUGACGGUCAAAGCGACGGAUAAUGAUCCCGGUGCCAACGGCAAAGUGCUGUACUAUUUGCAGGUAAACAGCCAGAAUGUGCAGGAAACGGACGAGUUCAGCAUCAACGAGAUGUCGGGCGAGUUGCGCAUCCGGCGCCAGUUAGACCGGAAGCGGCAGGCACGGUACGAGCUGAUUCUGGUGGCCCGCGACCAAGGGACACCGGCCUGGUUCGAAACGCUCCGCUUCCUCACGGUCCUGCUGGUCGACGUCAACGAAAACUAUCCCGAGUUCCCCGACGCCUCGAAUCCGUACAAGUUCUUUAUCACCGAGAAUGGGCCCCGCGACGUUCGGAUUGGUAAAAUUCAGGCCUUCCUCGACAGCCCCAAUCCGACCAUCUUCUACUACAUGCUGCUGGGCAAUGACAAUGGCGCUUUCUACGUGGACAAAACGUCCGGCGAUCUAUACACGAACCGAUCGAUCGAUCGCGAAGAGAUCGACCUGUACAUGCUGUACGUGUUGGCCAGCAAGCAGUCGGAUCUGUACAUUAGUGAGCACGAGCGCGUUCUGCUUUCGACGAAUCAGCUCGAACGCAACGCGACCGUGGCCAAAGUGUGGGUCAGUGUGCUCGAUGUAAACGAUAAUGCACCCGUCUUCAAGCGAGACACUUACUAUGCCGGCAUCAGUUCGAAGGCAUCGAUCAACGAGCUGGUCACGAUCGUCAAUGCGACCGACCGAGACCUGGGGGUGAACGCGACACUGGACCUCUUCAUCCGGGGCUCGUUCCUGCACAAAUUCGGAGCCACCAAGACGACCGGCAGCAUUGUGCCGAGUCCGUUUUCGAUCUCCAAGGACGGUCGCGUCCUGACGGCCAACUAUAUGGCCGAAUACAACCAGGAUCGGUUCGUGUUGGAGAUCGUCGCGAAAGAAGUGGAGUCGCCGGAGCGUGAAGCUACCGCACGUGUGCACGUGUGGAUUUUCAACCCGGAGCAGCUGGUGCGCAUGAUUCUUUCACGGCCCCCGUCCGAAGUGCAUCUAGACCGGGAGGAAAUUGUGUCGGAAUUGGGUAACGCCACGCAGCGGCUGAUCAUCGUCGACGAGAUCCGCUACCAUGUCGACAGUCUGGGGCGCAUCCGGAUGGACUGGUGUGACAUGUACUUCCACGCGGUAGACGUGUCGACCCAAAUGAUUGUCCCCGUGGAGGAGAUCCUGCGUGAAAUCGACGCCAAAUAUGACUUCCUACAGGACUACAAUGCUGGAUUUUCAAUUCUCAAUGUGGUGCCAGCGUAUGCCGCCGCCACGCAGGACGACUUUGACUUGGCCCUGGCGGCCUUGAUUGCUCUACUCAUUGUCCUGUUUGUUGGAGCCGUUAGUUUUAUCGUUUUGUGCUGUUGCCUGAAACACUGGUCAAUUACAAUCCCCAGUGAAACGCGGAGGAAGGAUGCACUCAUCAAAAAGCAGAUCAUAGAGGAUCUAAACACUACCGAGAACCCGCUCUGGAUCGAACAGAAGCUCAAACUGUACGAAGAGCAGGAGCUGACGAUGCAGGUGUUUUCGGAACCAGACAUGUCACAGCAGCAAUCGAUGAACAACUCGAACAGUACCAACAGUGCCGGUUCGCAGGAUCCAUCGUCGCAGCUUUCGCUGACGCUUGGGCUGGACCAUCAGCUGCACCAUCAUCAGCCUCAGCAGCAGCCGCACCUUCGGCGAGAUUCGUACGACAUGUCGCAAGCGGGCGACAAUACGUACGCCACCAUUCAGCCACGCAACUACGGCACUAGCAACCUGAGCACGGUGCUCGGAAGUAGUCUCACGCCCGGCCACGGUCCUAUUGGCCCGUCCGGAGUGACGGGCGCAACAGGUGCAAGCGAAAUCGCAGACUACGCCACGCUGCGCAAUAGUCGUGCCCCUUCGCAAUUGUUCGAGUUUCGCGGCUCAACCUUCCAAGUGCAGCAACCGGGUGGAGGAGAUCAACCCGAUUACGUGACGGAGCUGAUGUAGGACGACGUGGCAAGCUGCUCGUGCACCGACAGAUCUAGGCUAAUUGGACUGGUUCACUGUCACAAUCCGGCAGUGCUAGACACAAAGGAGUGAGCUGCUACU